AUGGCGCUCCUCAGUGUCGCAAAGGCGAACUGCGAGGCCAACAGCGACAUUACUCAAAUGCUGAUUGGUGGCUACAACGAAUCUGCAGCCGUUCCAAACCCAGCGCCUGCCGCUGCCCGAGUUCCAGCACUGCCUUCCAGUGCAUGGCCUGCCCACUACAAGCCAAUCAGGAGAGUCAAGUUCACGAGCGUGGACGAGGUGCUAGAGCUUAUGAAGCCUCAAUCUGCUGCGGGUGUCCCGCUGAUCAUCGAGGGCUCCAGCAUCAUACAGGCUGAGAAGUGGGACGAUGUCUCCUAUGUCCAACAGCUGUGGAAAGAUCGCCAGGUGCUGGUCAAGAAGUCUCCCAAUUCUAAGUUUCGGUACUUUGACUUGAAGAAGAACUCUGGCAAGUUUACCUUCAAGCAGCCAGUGCGGGAGCUGCAGGACACCUUCACGACUUUCUUGGCGCAAGCUGACCGGAUACUUAGCGAAGGAUCUGCUGAGCGGAUGUACCUGCAAGAGACAUUGUCCGGUCAUUCAGAGAUGUCCGAGGAGUUUGCUACUUGGAAAUGGGAACUUCCUAUUCGGAUAAGCCACGCUUGCGGCUGGGGCCUGCCAGAUUCCAACGAGCUCUUCAUUGGAAUGCAGGGCGCCGAGACGCCACUUCAUUUUGACGAGCGGGAAAACUUGUUCUUCCAGGUCAGAGGGCUGAAGGAGAUCGUGGUGUUCCCGUUCGUAGAUUAUUCGAAGCUCUAUCCUUUCCCAACGACGCAUCCCUGUGAUCGGCAGUCAAUGGUAGGGAGCCCUCUAGAGGCGGACUUGGAUGCGUUCCCGAAGUUUAGACACGCCAGUGGACACUACGCCACGCUACAAGCUGGUGACCUAUUGUACCUGCCUUACGGUUGGUGGCAUUGGCUCCGCAAUCUAGACAACAUGGCAAUUUCGGUGUCGUUUUGGAGCACCACUCCAGCUACCGAUUUGUCCGGCGGUGUACCUUCCGAGUUCUCGGACCACAUGCUCACCCGCGUCAAGCGCAACCUGGAAAGCCUCGUGGCCCAGAAGUUUGGCCCCGAAAGCCUGAAUGAGACAAUGCUGAAGCUGCAGAGCAUCGUCCGCAACAAGCAGGACGAUCCGGUUCUGAAGUAUGUCCGUGAGCUUCUGGCAGCAGUGAAGAUCCCGCUGCCGAAGCAGGAUGACUUCCUGCUCGAGAUCAUCGAGGGCAGGUUCGGCAUAGACUGGAAUGAUUAUGUGUGUCCUGUUGGCAAGCAGACGCCUGCACUGCACCGGCCAUGCUCGCUUGUCGCCGCAGAACUGCUGACUGACAUGUUGUGCACCUGUCUUUGCCUCAGGUGA